AAAACGACCCGCGAUGGGCUCAUAGCAUCAUACCAAAUCAGACAAGGACCCUUCUUCUCCGUGGGACUCCAAAAUUUUACAAGAGAUGGAUAUCGAACAAAAGCAAGCGGAGCACAUCGAGUUCUUUGUGAAACAAGCAUCAGCACUCAAGGGUUCUGCCCUUACCAGUGUUAUUGUUGAAGCCACUUCGCAUCCAUCACUCUUCGCUUUUUCAGAGAUUCUUUCUGUUCCCAGCGUUCUUGAGCUUGAAGGAACUGAGAAUUCAGUAUACCUUGAUUUGCUUCGUUUGUUUGCUCAUGGGACGUGGAGUGACUACAAAAGUAUUGCUGGCCGUCUUCCUCAGUUGGUGUCUGCCCAAGCUCUCAAGUUGAAGCAACUUACUGUGCUUACGCUAGCUGAUACAAGCAAGGUGCUUCCAUAUGAUCAACUUAUGCAGGAGUUGGAUGUCACAAAUGUGCGUGAACUUGAAGAUUUUCUCAUAAAUGAGUGCAUGUAUGUGGGCAUAGUUAGAGGAAAGCUGGAUCAGUUGAAAAGAUGCUUUGAGGUACAAUUUGCUGCAGGGAGAGAUCUCAGACCUGGUCAAUUGGGGAAUAUGCUACAGACAUUAACUGACUGGUUGACUACUUCAGACAAUCUUCUUGUCUCAAUUCAAGAGAAAAUCAAAUGGGCGGAUACAAUGAGUGAAUCGGACAGGAAGCACCGGAAGGAAGUUGAAGAAAGGGUUGAUGAGGUGAAGAAGUCACUCUCUUUGAAGGCCGAUGUUGACUUCAGAGGGCAUGAGGAGAUCUACUCUGAAUCUGGUGGAGUGAUGGAUUAUGAGGAAGACCGAGGCCGACCGAAGAGGAGACGACACCCUAUUGGUUAAGGUGAUGGAGUAGGGCAAUGUUAAGAAGAAUUAGAGGGGCUGCUGGCCAGUUUUUUUUGUUGUUGAUGGCAUUCCGACCAUAGAUGCUUUCCCUUUUAAAGUUUGCCGUGCUGUGAAUGGAACUUGUAGACUCGAAAGUAUC